UUACAUAACGGACAUGUCAGCAUGCAGACCACCAAGGUUGUGAUUGUGGGAGCUGGAACAGCCGGGGUUACAGCGGCUGCCUGGCUGCUCAAACAUGGCGUCAGUGACGUCAUCAUCCUUGAGGCUCAGGACUACGUAGGUGGGCGUGUCAAGGCGGAAGUAGUCGACAACACCCCCAUAGACCUUGGCGCCCAGUUUGUGCACGGCCGGGACGGGAACCCCGCCUUCUAUAUCGCCGAGCGUCUGGGCAUGGAGUUCUACCCCACCACGGCCUGUCUGCAGACCCAGCUCAUCAACUCACCCCCAGAGUUCCUCACUAGCUCAGGUCACAGGGUGAGUCAGCGCGAGACGGGCGCCCUGGUGGAACACCUGACCCGACACCUGUUGAAGGAGGCGGGGGAGGAGCCCGUGGAGAUCGACGACCGAGGCCAGAACGAGGGCGAGUGUUAUGAGAGGGCCUAUGACCAGUUCCUAGAGGCCAACAACCACACGCUCACACCACGCCUUAGGGAACUCUAUGACGCCAUCUUUAGGUGGUACUGCGCCUACCAGACGAUCGACACGUCUGCUUAUGACCUCAAAGACCUCUCUGUUUGGGCUCUGAGUAUUUACAAGGUCCUCAAAGGUCAUCGGUUCACUUACGUCAAGGGUGGCAUAACCGCCAUUUUGAAAGCCAUUGCGGACCUUCUUCCACCAAACAUCAUCCACCUCAACACACCAGUAGCACACAUAGACUGGAGUGACGUCAGUAAAACUCCAAAGUUGGGAAAAUGCCGAGUGACGUGUGAAAAUGGGAGACAAUAUCUGUCUGAUUACGUCAUUGUCACUGUCAGUAUAGGCUGUCUGCAGUCUGGCCAUCGGAAGCUCUUCAAGCCGGAACUGCCACGCCCCCUCCAGUCGGCCAUAAACCAUAUAGGUUUUGGCGGGAUAGGAAAGAUAUUUCUCAUCUGGAACGAGCCAUUUGUGGGCUACACCACGACCAAUGGCGUCCAUCAUGUGGAGUCCUUUGACCUGCUGUGGCUGGACUCGGCGCCUGUCGUCAUACACAGUGACCGCUGUCCGCAGAAGACCAGGUACGGCAAACCCUGGUGGUACGGCCUGCACGCCGCAGAAACUGUGUACGGGAGUCCAAACAUCCUGGAGCUCUGGCUCAACAAGGAUCAGGCCAGCAUCAUGGAGCAGCUUGACGAGACAGAGGUCAAGGACGUCUGCCAUGAAGUUCUCCAAACGUUCUUCAAACACCUGACUAUCCCAAAACCAGUGGACAUGUGCAGGACCAAGUGGAUCAGCAACCCCUACAUACAGGGCACCUACAGCUACAUCUCCUCCAGGAUCAGGAGGGAGGACCUCAAGCACCUGGGUCAACCUUUGCCCUCGCCAGAGAACCCGAGGCUGUUGUUUGCUGGAGAGGGCUACGCUCAUGAGUUCAUCUCGACCUUCCACGGUGCCAUCCUCAGCGGUCAAGGUCAGGCUAACCUCAUCCUGCAAGACUUGGGGCAGCAGACGUCACAUCACGUGACUGACCUGUUCAGUGAACGCGCUGCACCACGUACACCUCGACCAAGGUUGUAAAUGACGUCAUUAGUCACGUGAAGCAAAGUUUUCCACUACUUCACCAAGAGCCUUCGCCAUUUUAAAUUGAUGGCAAUUACAUCUUAAAUUAACGACAAUUACAUCUUAAAUUUGAAAUAUUAUGUUAUUGUCAACAUUUUUUUUGUACGUUAAUAAAUUAUUUUGUUUUAAUUUUCUCAAAAAAAAUCGUCACUUAAAAUAAUUAUAUUAUUUAUAAUAUAACAUUUUAAAAUGGCCACGAGCUGUCGUGAAUUCGGGUGGUUUUUGUUUAUUUCACUGUCUCAUUACCCUUCUCCAGCUCAUGUUGAUUGUUAAACUCGUUGGUUGUUAAACCGAACGAUUGCUAACCCCGAUGAUUGUUAAACUCAGUAUAUGUACAUUUGAUUACCUUCAAUAAACGUUUAAUAUUUGUUAAACUCAGUAUAUGUACAUUUGAUUACCUUCAAUAAACGUUUAAUAUUUC